AUGUAAAUUCCUUCAACAGAGUAAAUAUAAAAUAAAUUGUAGGAGUGCUGUGAGUUAAGAUCACAAUAUUUCAAAGUGGAGAAGUUAUGGACUCCUUGAAACUGAUGGAGGGUCAUCUUCUUUUUCAUUCCAACAAAAAAAGAAAAAACCUAUCCAAAAAUCGAACACUAUGCAAAAUCUUAAUCAAAAAGUUAAAACCUAACCUUAGGAUAAUGAUCUAAAAAAUAGUUAGAGCGAAUCUAAAAAUAGAUUCAGUCAAAGAACCUAGUAAAGCAUUCCAAGCAGAAGUUCCAUAAAUAAAUAGCCUCUUGACGAUGAUAUAUAAUUUGACAUGUUUUCAGUUAACCCAGGGUCUAACAUUUUAAAUUUGACUUAACAAACUAUUCCUAUUGUUUUAUAAUUAAGAACAAAAACUCUAGAAGAAUUAGAUUAAAUUGGUGUAGAUUUAGUAAUAUAUUCAUCAAUAUAAGUUUUGUUUAAUUGACAUUAGCAAUAGUAUGUAAGGAUAAAAAAUUGAGUAUGUAAAAUAAAUCUUGCAUUCAAUACAUAAUAAUCUUAGAGAUUAAGAUAGAUUAUGCUUGAUUAGUUUCAAUAAUGAAGGGAAACUUCUAACAGGUUUGUAAAAAGUAACAUCAGAAACUUAAGAAUAUUUUGCAUUUGUUAUUAAUGAUUUGUAAUGUAUUGGAACAACUUAGUUAUGGAAAGGAACUGAAGUUGCUUUUGAUGUUAUAAAUUAAAGAAAAAAUAAAAACAAUUGGGCAAGAAUUUUCAUUUUCUCAGAUGGUUAAGAUGAAAUUGCUCUAACAAAAAUUAGAAAGUAAUUAGAAUAUAAUUAUGAUGUUUUUACUAUUGAUUCAUUUGGAUUCAGUAAUUCAAAUGCUAAUAAAAGAUUAUAAGCUAUAACUAAUCUAAGAUUUGGAAAACAUUAUAUAAUAACUGAUGAAUAAUAAGUCUUUUAAUGUUUGGAAGAAGCAUUUGCUAAUUUUCCAUUCAAUUUAUGGGAUGAUGUAACUAUAACUAUCUCAACAAAUCUAUAAAAUAUUCCUUUUGAAAAUAUAUUGAUCAAUGAAAUACAUAGUGAAGGAUGGAUUGAAUUGUAACAUUAACAUUAAUAUUAAAUUACAAUUCCUAAUUUAGAAAUAGGAGAAUCAUUUUUGUUUCCAAUCGAAUUGUCUUUUAAAAAGUUUAAUGACAAUAUAACAGAUAAAGGAAAAACAGUAUCUUUAAUUAAAGGAAAAAUAGAAAUGAAAAAUAGCAUAACAGGAAAAAGAACGAUAAAAAAUGUUGAACUUGAUGCUAUUUUUCUAUAUGAAAAUGACUCCAAUACUCUUGAUUUUAAUACUUACUUUAAUUGCAAAUAAUCUCCAUUAGUUAUUUGGGUAUGUGAUUAAUAAUAGACAUGUAAUUUUAAAAAUAUAUAAUAGAGUUCAAUCGAAAGUCGUAUUUUGAACUAAUUUGUGAAAAUUUGUAGCUCAAAUGGUAAUUAUAAUAAUAAAGAAUUAAAUAACUUUAUGAUGAAGAACCAUCAUGAAUCUAAGAAUUAAAAUGAG